AUGCAGUCACUGCUUCUCCCGGCGGUAUCUUCCGCCGUCACGGUGGGAAUAAACCCGUCUCUCCUUCAUUUCCGAUCUCGGCGGCUGCUGUUUUCUACUCAUUCCGUGUUAUCUUCGCGAAAGCCCACGGCGCAGCAGUCCUCCCUCUCAUUUCACUCCUCUUCCCAGAUAACCUAUGAUCCUCUUGGAAGCAGGGGCCGCAUAAUAUCUUUGUCCUCGAAGAUUGCUGCUUCCUCUCCGGUUUCUGCUGUUUACACUUCCCCAAAUGACGAAUCGGAGAGAGCCAAACUUGCUCAGGUAGCAAAGAGAUUGGAGAAUACAUCCAGACGUUUCAAGCGGUUUGGAAGUAUAGGUUUUUGGGGGCAGCUGAUUUGCACGGUGGUGGCUGCUGUGAUCCUUUCCUUUUCGGUUGUUGCAACUGGGAGAAUCUCGUCCCCUGCAAGUUUCUAUACAACCGCUGGUGGUAUAGCUGCAGCUUUUAUCUCUGUGUUCUGGUCUUUUGGGUAUAUCCGGCUCUCUGAGAAGCUCCGGAGGACUGCAAACGAGCCUUCUAAGGCACCACCUCGGGCUGAGGUCGUUAAAGGCUUGAGAAAUGGCAUAAUCUUGAAUCUGUUGGGCAUGGGUGCUGCUGUUCUUGGCAUGCAAGCCACAGUAGGGACAUUGGUAGCCAAGGCAUUGACUUCUUCUGCAAACCCUUAUUACCAGGGGAUCUCUCCAGGAUACAGUCCUGUUCUUGCAUUGGACGUUUUCUUGGUGCAGGCAUCAGCAAACACAAUCCUCUCUCACUUCCUCGGGCUUCUCUUCUCCCUAGAGCUGUUACGAUCAGUUACACUACCACCUUCAGAAGCCACUCCCGUACCUAGGCUUGCAUAA